UCUGUUUCCUCUCUUCUCUCUCUGCCAGGUGCACCUGCAGCCUCAAGCCAUGUCCUGCAACACCCAGUGCCGUCCCUGCCAGCCCUGUGGCCCCACCCCAUUGGCCAACAGCUGCAAUGAGUGCUGUGUCAGGCAGUGCCAGAGCUCCACCGUCGUCAUUGAGCCACCUGCUGUGGUGGUGACCCUGCCCGGCCCCAUCCUCAGCUCCUUCCCACAGAACACCGUGGUGGGAUCCUCCACCUCUGCUGCUGUUGGCAGCAUCCUCAGCAGUGACGGAGUUCCCAUCAACUCCGGGGGCUUUGACCUCUCCUGCAUCACCAGGCGCUACGGUGGCAACAGAUGCCGUCCAUGCUAA